AUGCCGGUGCUAGACGGGCUUCGACAUGGCGAGCCGGUUGACGGCAGCGUAAGCGCCGAUUUCAACCCCAAUGAUGCCGAACGACAGAAAAUCGUCAUUGUAGGACUGGGCAUGGUGGCCAUUUCUCUGAUUGAGAAAAUCAUCAAACAGGACACGGCUCGCCGAUUUGAUAUUGUGGUGAUCGGCGAGGAGAACCAUGUCGCGUAUAACCGCGUGGGGCUCUCGUCAUACUUCGAGCACCGCAAGAUCGAGGAUCUCUACCUCAACCCCAAGGAAUGGUACGCAUCUUUCAAAGAGCGAGAAUUCGACCACCAUCUCAACACCCGCGUCACCGGUAUCGACCCGAGCAGCAAGACCGUGAACACCUCCACUGGCGGUACCAUUUCCUAUGACACCCUCGUUCUCGCUACUGGCUCAGAUGCCGUUCUCCCCACCCACACCCCCGGCCACGAUGCCAAAGGAAUUUUCGUCUACCGCACGAUCGACGACUUGGAGCGACUCAUCGACUUCGCUGCCAAACACAAAGGUGAAACUGCAGUCACAGUCGGUGGGGGGCUACUGGGACUCGAGGCCGCCAAGGCCAUGACUGACCUGGAAGACUUUGGGAAUGUGAAGCUCAUUGAUCGCAAUAAGUGGGUGCUGGCGCGACAGCUGGAUGGCGACGCAGGGUCGUUGGUCACUCGCAAGAUUCGCGAAUUAGGCCUUGACGUGCUCCAUCAGAAGCGGGUUGCGGUCGUCAACACAGACGCAGACAAUAAUGUGACGGGCAUAACCUUUGAAGAUGGGCAACGUAUUGAUUGUUGCUGUAUCUGCUUUGCCAUUGGCGUGAAGCCCAGAGAUGAGCUAGGUCCAUCGGCUGGAAUCCAAUCUGCCGAGCGAGGAGGCUUUGUCAUCGACGAGAGUCUCCGAACUUCGAUUCCAGACAUCUACGCCGUGGGCGAGUGUGCAAGCUGGGAGAACCAGACAUUCGGCAUCAUCGCUCCCGGCAUUGAGAUGGCGGAUGUACUCGCCUACAAUCUCACAAACCCCGACAAGGAACCCCGGAGCUUCACAAGGCCGGAUCUCAGCACAAAAUUGAAGCUCCUCGGGGUCGAUGUCGCCUCCUUUGGAGACUUCUUUGCCGAUCGCGAUGGCCCGAAGUUUCUCCCGGGGAACCGUCCAUCUCUGACAGGCUCGAGCACAGAUGAAAAUGAUCCGCCGGUCAAGGCUUUGACUUAUAAAGACCCUUUCGGUGGAGUAUACAAGAAGUACCUUUUCACUAUGGAUGGGAAAUUCCUGCUUGGAGGAAUGAUGAUCGGAGAUACGAGGGAUUACCUCAAGUUGAACCAAAUGGUCAAGGCUCAGAAGGAGCUGGAGGUUCCACCCAGCCAGUUGAUUCUUGGGGCGCAGAAGGAUGGCGAAGAGAAUGCCGACGAUCUUGAUGACAGCACUCAAAUCUGCUCCUGUCACAACGUGACAAAGGGCGACGUAGUCGACAAUGUCAAAAAUGGGACCUGCAAGACCAUCGGCGAGGUUAAGUCCUGUACCAAAGCAGGAACUGGCUGUGGUGGCUGUAUGCCCCUGGUUCAGUCAAUCUUCAACAAGACCAUGCUUGAAAUGGGUCAAGAGGUGUCGAAUCACUUGUGCAUGCAUAUCCCGUACUCGCGCGCAGAUCUCUACAAUGUCAUUGCCGUAAAGCAGUUGAAGACAUUCGUUGAAGUGAUGCAAGUGGCUGGUAACAACCCCGAUUCCCUAGGAUGUGAGACUUGCAAACCCGCAAUUGGUUCCAUCCUCUCAAGUCAAUUCAACCCUCAUGUCAUGGACAAGGGAUACAACGACCUGCAAGACACAAAUGACAAAUUCCUCGCCAACAUUCAAAGAAACGGCACAUUCUCCGUGGUUCCUCGUGUACCCGGUGGAGAAAUCACUGCCGACAAACUCAUCGCAAUCGGUUCGGUCGCAAAGAAAUACGGACUAUACUGCAAGAUCACCGGCGCCCAAAGAAUUGACAUGUUUGGCGCAAAGAAGCAAGAUCUUUUGUAUAUUUGGCAGGAACUUGUAGAUGCAGGCAUGGAGAGUGGCCAUGCUUAUGCGAAGGCACUUCGUGCAAUCAAGAGUUGCGUCGGUACCACCUGGUGUCGCUUCGGCAUUGGUGACAGUGUCGGCAUGGCCAUCCGGCUUGAGGAGCGAUACAAGAGUGUACGGGCACCGCACAAAUUCAAGGCCGCCGUUUCUGGCUGCGUUCGAGAAUGCGCUGAGGCUCAGAACAAAGACUUCGGUCUGAUCGCCACAGAAAAGGGCUUCAACAUCUUCGUCGGAGGCAACGGAGGAGCCAAACCACGACACUCCGAGCUUCUCGUAACAGAUGUCCCGGUGGAGAUGGUCAUCCCCAUCAUCGACCGCUACCUCAUCUUCUACAUCCGAACUGCCGACAAACUACAACGAACAGCCAGAUGGAUUGAGAACCUCCCAGGUGGUAUCAAUUACCUGCGAGAGAUAAUUAUCGACGACAAGCUUGGCAUCUGCGCCGACAUGGAGCGACAAAUGCAAGAGCUUGUCGGCGGCUAUUUCUGCGAGUGGACAGAGACACUCAACAAUCCUAAGCGACGCAAGGCUUUCCAGCAAUUCGCCAAUACAGACGAGACGGUUGAUACAGUGGAGGUCGUUCAAGAACGGUCUCAACAGCGGCCGACAUACUGGCCGAAGGACUCUGCGCAGGAGGAUUUCAAGGGCCAUGAAUGGUCCAGCCUCUCGUGGCAGCCUGUCGUCCGAUCAGAUCACUUUUCCGAUGAGCCGCCGCAGGUUUCCUCUGCAAACGUGAAGCGUGGAGAUACACAGCUUGCUGUGUUCAAGAUCAAGGGAAAGUUCUACGCCACGCAGCAAAUGUGCCCUCAUAAGCGGGCCUUUGUAUUAUCAGACGGCUUGAUUGGAGACGAUGAUGCGGGUAAAUACUGGGUGUCAUGUCCAUAUCACAAGCGGAACUUUGAGCUCAAUGGAGAGCAGGCUGGACGAUGCUCGAAUGACGAGAGCAUGAAUAUCGCUACCUUCCCAGUGGAGGAGAGGGACGAUGGAUGGAUCUACCUCAAGUUGCCACCUGUUGAAGAGCUGGAUGCUGUUUUAGGUACGAAGAAGUGGAAGGUUAAGGAAGGAGAAGCCCCAGAUCCGUUCCACAAAAUGGAUAAAAGGUAUAAGGGGAUGAGGGGGAAGAAGGUUGCUAAUGGCGAGGGUUUGAGUCAAUCAGCGGCCCAGCCGGCAAAGAGCAUUGACUGGUGA